CUCCCCGCUGCCAGGCAGGGCUGCACCGCGGCCGACGAUCCCCUUUUCCGUUCCCGGGCCGGGGUGCCGCUUCUGCCGUCUCCGCGCCCCUCACCUCCCCCACCGCCGCACCGCCCCCGGGGUCGCCCCCUCCCGCCCUUUCCUUCCACUGACGCAGUCUGUGCCGCACCAGCUCUAACAUGGCGGCGAGGCGCUGAGGAGCGCGGGGCGACGCGGGCCGCGAGCGGGUAUUUAAAUUUUUGAAGCCAUGGGAGUAAAGGUCCAGAGACCUCGUUGCUUUUUUGACAUAGCCAUCAACAAUGUACCCGCUGGAAGAGUGGUCUUUGAACUGUUUUCAGAUGUGUGUCCAAAGACAUGUGAGAAUUUUCGCUGCCUUUGCACAGGUGAAAAGGGUACAGGAAAAUCCACCCAAAAGCCAUUGCAUUACAAAAGUUGUCUGUUUCACAGGGUUGUGAAAGAUUUUAUGAUCCAAGGAGGUGACUUCAGUGAAGGAAAUGGCAGGGGAGGAGAAUCCAUUUAUGGUGGCUUUUUUGAAGAUGAAAGCUUUGCUGUAAAGCACAACAAAGAAUUUCUCCUUUCAAUGGCCAACCGAGGGAAAGAUACAAAUGGUUCACAGUUCUUCAUAACAACUAAACCUACACCUCACUUAGAUGGACAUCAUGUUGUUUUUGGACAAGUCAUCUCAGGUCAGGAAGUUGUGAGAGAAAUAGAAAACCAGAAAACAGAUGCAUCUAGUAAACCAUAUGCUGAAGUACGCAUACUGAGUUGUGGAGAGUUAAUUCCAAAAUCCAAAGCCAAGAAAGACGAAAAGAAAAGACACAAGUCGUCUUCCUCAUCCAGUGACUCAGAGAGUUCAAGUGAUUCGGAAUCAUCUUCUGAUUCAUCAUCGGAUUCUGAGAGUGCUUCAGAAGAGAAAUCUAAGAAACGAAAAAAGAAACACAAGAAAAAUUCAAAAAAACAUAAGAAAGAAAAGAAAAAGAGAAAGAAAAGCAAGAAAAGCUCAUCCAGUGAAAGUCAAGAUGAAAACCCUGAAGCACAGCCGUUGUCGACUGUCCGUCCUGAAGAAAUUCCCCCUGUACCUGAAAACCGGUUCCUGAUGAGGAAAAGUCCCCCUAAAGCAGAUGAGAAAGAAAAAGAGAGGAAAAGCAGAGAGAAGGAAAGAGAAAGCAAUCUAUCGAAUUCACAGUCAGCAUACCAGAGGAGGCUCUUAGUGACCAGAUCUGGAAGGAAAAUAAAAGGAAGAGGACCAAGGCGUUAUCGGACUCCUUCCAGGUCCAGGUCAAGAGAUCGAUUCCGACGCAGUGAAACUCCUCCACAUUGGAGGCAAGAAAUGCAAAGAGCUCAAAGAAUGAGAGUGUCUAGUGGAGAAAGAUGGAUAAAAGGGGACAAGAGUGAAAUAAAUGAAAACAAGAAAGAUAAUCAAAAAAGCCCAGGAAGAGGAAAAGAGAGAAAAAUAUCAGACCACAGACAAGUUUCUGAAAGUCCAACCAGAAGAGGGGAAAAAGAGAAGAAAAAAGAUCACAAAUCCAGCAGUAAAGACAGGGAAACAAGAAGGAAUUCGGAAAAAGAUGACAAGCAUAACAAAAGCAAGGCCAAGAAAAGAGCUAAAUCUAGAAGCCAUAGCAAAAGCCGAGAGAAAUCAAAAAGUAAAGAAAGAGACUCUAAGCACAGUAGACAUGAUGAAAAGAGAGUAAGAUCAAAAAGCAAAGAGAGAGACCAUGAGAAAGGCAGAGAAAAAGAAAAGCGCUACGAUUCUAGAGGGAGAGAUAAAGAAAGGAGUAGGAGCAAGGAGAGAAGUAAAAGGGCAGGCUCAAGAAGUAAUGACCAGGACCACAGGAGGAGUAAAGACCGUGAGAAACGCAAGUCAAGAAGCAAAGAGCGUGAGCAUGCCAGAGGGAAACAUAGUUCCAGCAGUAGAACAAGGGAUCGAAGCAAAAGCCGAGACAGGGGUAGGCGAGGAAGAUCAAGGAGCAGAGACAGAGAUCGUAGUAGAAGUAAAGACUAUUCAAGGAAUAGAGAUAGAGAAACAAGAAGAAGAGGAAGAUCAAGAAGCAGAGAAAGGAGAGGUACACCAGAUAAAUACAGAGGAAGAGAGAAUAGGAGGAGGAGAGAAUCAAGGAGCUCAGAGAGGGAAGAAAGUCAAAGCAGAAACAGAGAGAGGUAUUCAAAUAGAGAAAGUAGAAGCUCAUAUAAGCGGAACGAUAGUGAAAGCCAAAGGAAAAGGCGUUCAAAAAGCCGUGAAAGUAGCAGUCCUGAAUCCAGUAAAGAUAAGAAGUCUAGUAGAGAUCAGGAUAGAAGUCCAGACUCAAAAAAGAGACCAAGUAGCAAAGAGAGAGAAUCAAAAAAAUCAUAUUCACGCAGCAGUAAAGAGAAGGAAAAGACCAGAUCCUCAGCAGAGACAGAAAUAAACCAAAAAUCAAAGAGUCAGGAAAGAGAUCAUGCCCCUAGUAAGGAUAAAAAGUCUGAUCAUGAAACAAGUCCUGGAACAGAUGAUGACAGGCAUGGAUGAGUUUGUGGACUUCAUGUUUCCAUUGUCUCGAAGUUUUAGAGACAUUUUGGGGAACGCCUUUUUUUUAAGAUGUGGACUUCAGUUUGGUCUUUUGAUAAUCUAAAACCUGGAUCAUUUGUACUGCUAAAGUUUUAAUAAACUUGAAAUGAAAAACAAA